GGAAACCAGUUGAACUACAUUACCGCUGCAUGGACUGUCGGAUACGUAGUCGGCCAGAUUCCCUCUCAGAUGCUUUUACAAAAAGUCCGGCCCUCGGUCUGGAUACCUGCUAUGGAGCUCACCUGGAGCAUCCUCACCUUGACUUUGACGUGGUGUAAUGGCUAUUCCAUGCUGGCUGCGAUGCGUUUUUUCAUCGGACUCGCAGAGUCGACAUUUUACCCUGCCAUCCAGUAUGUGAUUGGAAGUUGGUACAAGAACGAGGAGUUGGCGAAAAGGGCCUGCAUUUUCCAUACGGCCUCAGCGCUUGGCCCUAUCAUUUCAGGUGAGUCCAGCGUCGGAGCGUAUAAUGGUCUCAAUGGUGUACAUGGGAUGUCUGGGUGGCGCUGGCUCUUUGUCUGCGAUUCAGCACUUUCCAUCCCAAUAGCCUUGAUCGGAUUUCUCAUCAUGCCAGAUGUUCCAACAAGACAGCGACCAUCUUGGCUAUACAGCGAGCACGAACUUAUGAUAGCACAGAAACGUAUGCAAGAAGUGGGUCGACGGCCGCCAGGGAAGCUCACGAAGGCGAAGGUCUUGGGGUUUUUCAAGACGUGGCAUUUAUAUGUCCUUGUGAUGCGUGAGUCGUUGUCCUUCAACAACAGUGCCGGCGCAUCUAACUCCAUGAUUUUCUGGCUGAAGAGCUUCAACACUCGGGCAGGCCGCACUGUUUACACUGUUGGCCAGAUCAAUGUCUACCCGAUACCUAUGUAUGUCGUCCAGAUGCUCACCACAUACGCCUGGGCAUGGUGGUCAGACGCUAUCGGAUUACGAUGGCCACCCAUCGUCUUUGCUGGCGUAUGGGGCAUAAUCGUGACUUCAGUUCUAGCUGCUACACCGGUGUAUACCCACAUUGCAAGGCGAUGGGCGUUUUAUUACAUGACCAUUGUGCAAGGAGGACUGAGUGGUAUCAUCCUGGCUUGGGCUAAUGAAAUCACCGGCUUCAACAACGAACUUCGCUCGUUCACUGUCGCAGCUUGCAAUACCUUCACGUAUGCUGUUCAGGCAUGGCUGCCCAUCCUCAUUUUCCCACAGGUCGAACAACCAACAGUCUAUAUCGGGAAUGUCACCUCCGCCGUCAUCCUGGCUUUCAUGAUCUUUUUCGCUUUCCUAACGCUAUACCUUCAACGUCGGGAUGAACGGAAUGGCGUGAAUGUUGUAGGAGGGUCAGUAGAACCGUUCCCAGAUGAGGAGGCAGCGUAUGAAGAGGAGGCUGGUUCUGACGCGGAUAGCAAGAAGGCUGUUGACUCUACGGUGACGUCGAGAGAGCCGAGUGCGGCCCAUGUAUGA